GGGUCCCCGCGGGCCGGCACCCAGGCAGCAGGUCCCAGGAUUGACCCGCAGCGUGGAGAAGGAGGAGGAGCGGGGCCCACGCGGGACCCGCGCCCGAGAUGCUAGUGCGAGGAGAUCGCGGGUUUCCACCCCGGCGGCAGCUGUCAGGCUGGCACCAUGCCCCAGGCAUGGAAGAAGUGAUAUGGGAACAGCACACUGUGACGCUGCAGAAGGAUUCCAAAAGAGGAUUUGGAAUUGCGGUGUCUGGUGGCAGAGACAACCCUCACUUUGAAAAUGGAGAAACAUCAAUCGUCAUUUCUGAUGUGCUUCCGGGUGGGCCCGCCGAUGGGCUGCUUCAAGAAAACGAUAGGGUGGUCAUGGUUAAUGGCACCUCCAUGGAGGACGUGCUCCAUUCAUUUGCCGUUCAGCAGCUGAGAAAAAGCGGGAAGAUCGCAUCCAUUGUGGUCAAGAGGCCUCGGAAGGUUCAGCUGGCCCCCCUGCAGGGUAGCCUUCCUCUCAACGAAGAUGACCGGGCUUUUGAGGUGAUGGAUGAGUUUGACCACAGAAGUGCCCACAGCGGGUACAGUGAUCGGUACAGCGAGAGGAGCCGGCUGCGCAGCUGGGAGGACAGCCUGGAGAGGGGGCAUCCCCACGACCGGCUGCACAGCCGGGAGAGGGACCGGAGCCGCGGCCGGAGCCUGGAGCGGGGCCUGGACCAUAACGACUAUGGCAGAGCCCGAGACCGAAGCCGUGGCCGGAGCCUGGAGCGGGGCCUGGACCACGACGACUAUGGCAGAGCCCGAGACCGAAGCCGUGGCCGGAGCCUGGAGCGGGGCCUGGACCAUGACUAUGGGCGAGGCCGAGAUAGCAGCCGCGGCCGGAGCUUUGACCAGGCUUAUGACCAGCCCUACAACCAGGCCUACAGCCCGGAGGCGGAGUACAGGCACAGGGCUCAGCCUGAUGCGCGGUACGAGGUGUCCCGGAGCCGCAGCCGGGAGCACCUCCGCUCGCGCAGCCCCAGCCCCGAGCCGAGAGGGCGGCCAGACCGUGCAGGCCAGCAGGAGGCGGACAAGCCCAUUGGGGUCCUUCUGAUGAAAAGCAAAGCAAAUGAAGAAUAUGGUCUCCGGCUGGGGAGUCAGAUCUUCAUAAAGGAAAUGACCAGUACUGGUCUGGCAACGAAAGAUGGCAACCUGCAUGAAGGGGACAUAAUUCUCAAGAUCAAUGGAACUGUAACUGAGAACAUGUCUUUAAUGGAUGCUCGAAAACUGAUAGAAAAGUCAAGAGGAAAACUCCAGCUAGUGGUGUGGAGAGACAACAAGCAGACGCUCAUCAACAUCCCAUCGCUAAAUGACAGCGACUCAGAAAUAGAAGAUGUCUCGGAAAUAGAGUCAAACCGAUCGUUUUCUCCAGUGGAGAGACGGCAGCAGUAUUCCGACUACGAUUAUCAUUCCUCAAAUGAAAAGCUGAAGGAAAAGCCAAAUUCCAGAGAGGAUGUCCAGAGCAGGUGGUCCAGGAUGGGCAGCACACCCACUCCCUUUAAGUGCGCGGAGGAUGUUGCAGCUGUGGUUGGCACAGAGACCAGCAAGGAGCCCAGAUACCAAGAGGAAGCCCCAUCUCCUCAAUCAAAGGCAGCACCGAGAACUUUUCUUCGUCCCAGCCCUGAAGAUGAAGCAAUAUAUGGUCCCAACACCAAAAUGGUGAAGUUCAGGAAGGGAGACAGCGUGGGCUUGCGAUUGGCUGGUGGCAAUGAUGUCGGAAUAUUUGUGGCUGGCAUUCAAGAGGGGACCUCGGCAGAGCAAGAAGGCCUUCAAGAAGGGGACCAAAUUCUGAAGGUGAACACACAGGAUUUCAGGGGGCUGGUUCGAGAAGAUGCUGUUCUCUACCUGUUAGAAAUCCCCAAAGGUGAAAUGGUGACCAUUUUAGCUCAGAGCCGACCUGAUGUGUACAGAGACAUACUGGCUUGUGGCAGAGGGGACUCGUUUUUCAUAAGAAGCCACUUUGAAUGUGAGAAGGAAACUCCGCAGAGCCUGGCCUUCACCCGGGGGGAGGUCUUCCGAGUGGUCGAUACCCUGUAUGACGGCAAGCUGGGCCACUGGCUGGCUGUGAGGAUCGGAAACGAGCUGGAGAAAGGCUUAAUCCCCAACAAAAGCAGAGCUGAACAAAUGGCCAGCGUGCAAAAUGCCCAGCGAGACAAUGCUGGGGAUAGGGCAGAUUUCUGGAGAAUGCGUGGCCAGAGAUCUGGUGUGAAGAAGAACUUACGGAAGAGUCGGGAAGACCUAACAGCUGUUGUGUCGGUCAGCACCAAGUUCCCGGCUUAUGAGAGGGUUUUGCUGCGAGAAGCUGGUUUCAAGAGACCUGUGGUCUUGUUUGGCCCCAUAGCCGACAUAGCAAUGGAAAAAUUAUCAAACGAAUUACCUGACCUUUUCCAAACUGCUAAAACGGAACCAAAAGAUGCAGGAUCUGAGAAAUCGAGCGGGGUGGUGCGGUUAAAUACCGUGAGGCAAAUUAUUGAACAGGAUAAGCAUGCCCUAUUGGACGUGACUCCUAAAGCCGUGGACCUAUUGAAUUAUACUCAGUGGUUCCCGAUUGUGAUUUUUUUCAACCCAGACUCUAGACAAGGUGUCAAAACCAUGAGACAGAGGUUGAAUCCAACGUCCAACAAGAGUUCUCGAAAGUUGUAUGAUCAAGCCAACAAGCUUAAAAAAACUUGUGCACAUCUUUUUACAGCUACAAUCAACCUAAAUGCAGCCAAUGAUAGCUGGUUUGGCAGCUUGAAAGACACAAUUCAGCAUCAGCAAGGAGAAGCAGUUUGGGUCUCCGAAGGGAAGAUGGAAGGGUUGGAUGAUGACCCUGAAGACCGCAUGUCCUACUUAACCGCCAUGGGCGCGGACUAUCUGAGUUGCGACAGCCGCCUCAUCAGUGACUUUGAAGACACCGACGGCGAAGGAGGCGCCUACACUGACAAUGAGCUGGAUGAGCCGGCCGAGGAGCCGCUGGUGUCUUCCAUCACCCGCUCCUCGGAGCCGGUGCAGCAUGAGGAGAGCAUAAGGAGACCCAGCCCAGAGCCACGAGCUCAGAUGAGGAGGGCUACUAGCAGAGAUCAACUUAGGGACAAUAGCCCGCCUCCAGCAUUCAAACCAGAGCCGCCCAAGGCCAGAACCCAGAACAGAGAAGAGUCCUUUGACUACUCCAGAUCCUAUGAAUACAAGUCAAACUCUCCCUCGGCUAUUGCUGGUAACGAAAUUCCCGGGGCCUCUGCCAAGGGCCAUCCGCCUCCUGUUGCAGCAAAACCUGCCUUUUGCAAGCCCAUACUGAAGCCCUCUACUCCUGUCCCUCCCCCGGAGAAUGAGGAGGCAGGAGAGGACAGUGUGGAGCAAGAUAACACGCCCAAGUCUGUCCUGGGCAAAGUAAAAAUAUUUGAGAAGAUGGAUCACAAGGCAAGAUUACAGAGAAUGCAAGAGCUCCAAGAAGCACAGAAUGCAAGGAUUGAAAUUGCUCAGAAGCAUCCUGAUAUCUAUGCAGUUCCAAUCAAAACCCACAAGCCAGACCCUGGCUCACCCCAGUACACAAGUUACAGACCCCCCGAGCCACAGAAAGGUCCUUCCAGACUCUAUCAAGAUGCCAGAGGAAGUUAUGGCAGUGACGUGGAAGAGGAAGAAUACCGCCAGCAGCUGUCUGAACACUCAAAGCGCGGUUACUACGGCCAGCCUUCCCAAUACCGGGACACGGAAUUAUAGGUGUCUUGAGAAUGGACUCUUCUGUACCCUGCUGUCGCCACCUCAGAGCAACACUCCCGCGGAGCCGUGGGUUGGUUCUUUCCGGUUAAAAUGCACUGUGGAGAUGUGGUGCACCUGAGCUCCCAUUGCCUCGUGGGGAGAGCAGGGGACAACCAACGCAGAUUCAGGGCUGAAAGUUCUAUUUGUAGGACUGGGUCUGGGGAGUUGGUGGCUUUUUGCUCAGAAUUAAGAGAAACACUACAGUCUGAUAGUGUUGCCUGCUUCAGUGGACCAAAAUCUGUAUUAAUUCUGUUUGCAUAUUUUUAACAUGUAUAUUAAGAAGUGAUAACUAUUUUUCAUUAAUAGCUGUAUUCAAGGACUAUUUCAGCGUGAGACAGAAUGUGAAAAAAAGGAAUAAAAAUAACUGUUGGACUCCAACUAAAUUCAAAGAAGUAUUUUAUUACAACUCUAAGUGCCUUUGAUCAGAAGUGGCUUAAAUUUUCUUUGAAGCUUUAUGCAAAGCCAUAAUGGACUAAAAUGUUUUGACUAAAUUUUUAUACCAGUUUAAUAGCUAUGGUUUUCUCUGCACUGUGUCAUCUUUUCAAGGCAUUUGUCUUUGUAAUAUUUUCGAUAAAUUCUGACUAUAUACAAUAGCUAUUCUUGGUAGUUUGGCUACCAGUGCUAAAUAGCUUGAAGACCAACAAAUCGACAUAGAAAUUUUUGUGCUCCACAAAAGCAGACACUCGAAAAAAACAUUGUAUUUCCAAAAGUGUGUUUAUGGACAACAGUUUUAUAAUUUAAUAAAAAGGAAGACAUUGCAAUCAAUAA